UGAUGUCGGCUCGAUAGUGUAACUUGGCUCUUCCUUACAAGAACCCAAAAGGAUGUGGGAUUGAACCCAGAUUACGAAAAUCCCAUUUCAAGAAGCGGCAUUCAUGAGAGUCCAACGGUCACUCCUUAGCUCGUCUCAGGGGAUUCCUGGUCCUGAGGUCAAUUCAUAUGAGUAUGCGCAUAAGUUGCUUAAUAGGAAAUGGGGAUUGCCCAGUCCUGCUUCCCCAAUUCAUCAAAUUACUGUUUCUUCAGUUAAAGGGUCCUGUAGAGAACAAGGACUCUUCAAAUUAUCCUUCUUGAACAAUACUUGCCCUAAUCUGGGCAGUGAACUGUUGUGGAAGGAAAAGCAAGGAUCCUCCUUUUAUGUCGUGAGGGAUGAUCUGUUGCACCCUCUUGUGAAUGGUAACAAAGCAAGAAAGCUCGAUGCUUUGCUGCCACUUCUUGAUGAUCACAAGGUGACUGAUGUGGUUACUUGUGGAGGAUGUCAAAGUGCGCAUACGGCUGCAGUUGCUGUUUCAUGCGCUGAGAGAGGUUUAAGGUCACACUUGCUACUGCGUGGAGAACAACCUGAGAUUUUGACCGGCUAUAACCUUGUCUCGACUAUGUAUGGAAACGUCGAGUAUAUUCCAAGAUCUAGGUAUGCAAAUCGAGAGGAAAUGCUGAAGAUGCAGGCAGAUCUUGUUGCAGGGAAAGAGGGGCGUGUCUUAUGGUGUAAGGACGUAGUUGAGGAGGCUCGGCUGAUAAAUCAAUCAGCCGAGACGAUGAACAUUGCAGGACUGGAUGCUUCUUCGUGUUGCAAAACUUCUCCCAGGAAGGUUAUGAUUGUCAAUGAAGGUGCCGGAGAUGCUAUUGCAUUACUGGGUAUGAUCCGAUUGGUGCAAUACUUAUCACAGGAUCAUUUACUUGGGAAGAAAAGACCCGUCAAGUUCAUCGUUGAUGCUGGAACUGGGACAACUGCUGUCGGGCUAGGACUUGCAGCAAUGUUCUUCGGGCUUCCAUGGCAGAUCAAGGCGGUGAUGCUGGCUGAUACAUUGGACAAUUAUAAGAGACAAGUAGAACGCUUGGCUUCGGAGUUCACAAGGCAAUUCCUUCCUCCGAUCUUCCACAUCAAACUAAACGAAGUAGAUGGGGGCCUGGUAAACUGGAUAGAACGUCGUCACCCGAGAAAAUUCGGGAAAGUACUGGAAGGAGAAAUGGAGAUAUGUCGGAAAAUAGCGCAGGAAACUGGCGUUCUGGUGGAUCCGGUCUAUACUCUUGCAGGAUGGGAAGCAGCAGCUGGUAUUGCCGUUGAAGAAGAGGCCGAGGACUCGACGGUAGUAAUGCUUCACACUGGUGGCACUCUUGGUGUGUUUGGUCUUGCUCAAAGGUACAAAUCCCAGUUUAGUAAACUGAAAGAUUCAGACCGUACUUAAAAGACUGAACUUGGCUUAGAGACUUGCAUUGUGAAACUGAGUGUACUUUCCAAUGCUAUACACAUCAUCUUAUAUA